CGGGUAAAAUGAUUUCCACGUGAAAUACUUUGUUUAUCUAGUGAUUUUUAAGGUUUUAUUUGCCUUGAUUGAUCCCGAUGGCUCCAGUAGUGGCAUCCAAAACUCCACCUUUAAGUCCUCGUAGUCCACCAAGGAAGAAAGCGAAAUUUUCUCUUCGUUUGAAGGGAAAAAAGACGAAAAAUGAAGAAGAUGAUUCAGAAGUGAAAGCCAGCAACGUGUAUUCAAUAUUCAUCUCGCCAUCGCAAAAAGACGAGAAUUACGAUGAGAAUAAUUUAUAUAAAGAACCAGAGAUCCCUGCUCUUCCUCAUGCAGGGUUGUUGAACCAAGGGAAUACUUGCUAUGCUAAUGCAGUUCUUCAGGUACUUCGAUAUUGUCCUGGUUUUGAGCAACUUGUUGGGCAUCUUGCAAGCAAGGAGAAGGAUGUUAUGAAUGAUGAACAAGGCACCACUAAAAAAAAAGAUGAAACAGAGGAACUUAUCAGUCAGUUAGAAGAGCUUUUGAGCCAAAUGUGUACUUUUGAAGAAGAUUUCAUACAAGAUAAAGAAAACUGCAUCCAUCUGAGUGAGAAAGGAAACAAUCUUGUCUUGGCUGCAGAAACUUAUAAAUUCAUGGAGGCUUUCAG